AGAAGUCAGUUGAGGCUUGAGUCUGUUUGAAUGCAGAAGCCAAUGUUAGCUAGAAGUCAGUUGAGGCUUGAGUCUGUUUGAGUGCAGAAGCCAGUGUUAGGAGCUAGAAGACAGGUGAGGCUUGAAUUUCCUUGGAAAUAGGCUGUUAUAAAAGAGAGCUGUACAGAGCAAUAUAGAUUUGAAGAGACUGUUAAAGACUGUAAGUUAUAGAUACAAACUGAAACAUUUUAAGGCUUAACCUGACAUAUUUAGAUACAUGAAGUUGUGAGUAAAACUAAUGUUAUUUCAAAGAAGUCUACUUGAGUCUUUUGUCUGCUGAGAGCAUCAAAUAGAAACACAGUAUUUACAUGUCCAGUGAUCAUGAUAAUCCAUUACUCAAUAAACUAAAGGAGCACCUCAGAAAUUCUGCUACCUAAUAAGUUAUGAUCCUAACAAGCCAUAAUCCCCAUUAGGUUGUGAUCCUCACAGGUCACAAUCCAGUAGUCCAAUAUUGACUAACUUUGGCAUGAAAAGUGCUAAUGCAGAAAACGGCUGAAGUGACGAAAACUGAUCUGAGAACUUUAGGUGCAAACAACACAAAUCUACAUAGUCAGAGACAAUGACUCUUUAAGUUGAGGGAGUUAAACAACAUCUGUUCCUGAAUUGAUGAAGCUCCAGCAGGUCUGAACUGAAUAGCAGGUUAUCAAAACAACCAAAUAACAGAUAAUCAAACGACGUUACAUAAUCCUUUUCUCUUCUGCUGUAGGGAUGCAGCAUUCUGAACACCCGCCUCCUCCCAAGAAGCCGGACGGAGUGAAUGAAGAAGGAUGAGGUCAGCGCAGCCAACUGGUCAGCGGGGAUGGCCCCCACCGCCUGGCCUGUGCCCACCACCAUGGAGACUACGGCUGAAUGGACAACAGUGGAUUGGCCCAAGGGGAUGAUAGAGCCCCUCCUGGCCUGCAAGGGGGACGGGGACUGCCCUCCGUGGAGCCGCUGCGAGGAGACGGCAGGGUCCGGGCGCAGGUUCUGCCGCUGUGGGCUGGGCUCCCACCUGCACCCUUCCCUGGGCUGCAUUCCAGCCAGGGUCUUUGCUGCCCGCCUGCUGUUGCUGCCGCCGCCGCCCCCACCGCCCCCCUUGGAAGCCCCCACAGAGGAGCAGGUGGACCUCCAGCUCCGGAGCUUGUUCCACCGCAUCUUGGGACACCUGGAUGGCUACCUGGGAACAUCUGUCCCCAGGGGGUUCGGUGAGGAGGUGAUGCUGACGCACCACUUCUCGGCCCGGGUCCCGGCCACGGUCCAGGAGGUGGAGGGGGCUCUCGCUGCCUUCCGAGCGCGGUGCCACGAUAAGAGCAGCCCCGUCAGCCAUGGCCAGCUCUGCGCCUUCCUGCACCAAAUGGUCAACUACCAGAGCCUGAGCCUCUGCGACCUCGACCCCUGCGACCCCUUCUCCACCACCUGCUCCGCCCAGGAGGGUCUCCUCCGCUGCACUUGCCGGGCGGGAUUCCUCCAGGCUGACCCCAUGGACCGCACCUGCGCAGCUUGCUACAGUGGGUUGUUCCUGCAGGACGGCACCUGCGCCAGGUGUCCAUUUGGGUUCAGUGGCCCCGGCUGCCAGGAACCCUUCCUGCUGGCCUUGGUCCUGGUCUCCUGCUUCGCUGGGAUCCUCCUCCUCCUCCUCCUCCUGUUCCUGGUGGUGCUCCUUCUUCCAGGAAGAGCCCCCCGCCCCCCUCCAGAGCCCCCCGGCCCCCCUCCGCUGGCGCUCCUCUCUCCGCCCCUGAACCUGCCCCGGGUGCGGCCCCCCUGGACCCAGGCCGAGGAGGAGGGGCCCCACGGAGACAGCCGGAGACCCCCGCCUGUGGUCCUCUGGGAAGCGGGCGGGGCCCCAGGAUCCGGCCCGCGCAGCAUGAAGACCUUCCUGGGGGGCCCCAAGACCCCUCCCCCGGCUGCAGCCCCCCAGCCUCUUGCAGGAAAUGCCAACCUCGCCUUUGUGGGGGACGCAGCGGAGGGGGUGGGCAGGAGGAGCGCCUUCUGAAGUGACCGGGGGGGGGGGGGGGCUCUUGCCUUCAUUACAUUUACUCCAAAGGGAAGCCAUAAAGCCCUAGCCAGCUCUGCCCCCCCUUUAUCCCCCUUUUGCAUUUGGGACUGGAUUCUCUUCUGCACAAUAUUGUUUCCAAAAUGAGGGGGGGGGAUUCAGGGGCACCCAUUAGUCCUCAUUGCACCCCAAAUGUUCUGAGUAAAAUUCUCAUUAUAAGCCAAAGACCCUUUCAAUGGGGACCCAGGACCCUCCCAUAAUCCAGGAGCAUGAAGCAAAGUCAUUGCCGCCCACCCUUCCACGAGAGAAGCCUUUGUGGGAGGGGUCCGGCCAGGGUGGCCAAGGCCAAGGUGUGGGAGGGAGGCGCUGGCAAAGGGCUUUCCACCUGGAGCAGUCAUGCAAAGGCCUUUUAUUGCAAGGAGGGGGGUGGUGCCUGGCCUUGCAAGGCCAGCCUCUUCCUAAGGUCAAGGCCAAGGCCGGUGGUCAGCUGCCCAGUCAGUGAAGCCUCCUGGCAAGCAUGGCUCUGCCUCCUGCCGAGAAUCAUGCAAACGCUGAGAUGGCCUUGCAAAUUGCUGGACUUUUAAAGUAUGUUUUUGGCAAAUAUAAUUGUAAAUAAACAACGCUUCCUUGUCCUUAUCAGUCUGGUCUGACCGCCUGACCCUCUUACCAAAAGGCCUCUCGGUUUGUCUGGUCUGGGAAACUAGUUCAGUGCUUCCUGGGGAUGGAUAUCUAUGCACUAGACCAGGGUUGCUUUCACCCGUUGGAAUUAAAACACCCAUGAAAUAGACGAGAGCUGGUUGUCAGGUGGCCAUAAGCCGAGAGGAGGCAAAAUCAAGACACAUCAGCAGACCUUGUUACGGAAUGGAAAAUCAAAAUACGUAGCCUAUGUUUGUUCACUAAUUUGCCAGAGAAAGAAGAAAUGUGCCAUGUGACGCAGGGGAACAAUAAAGAACAAGUAAUGUAUUCUUCUUAAACCCAGAACAACAUAUGCACAAUAUGCUCUGUUGCACCAAUAUGUCCUUUGAGGAGAUCUCAGAUAGUCUUUCCUUUGUCCGUGGGGAUAAGUCCCUCCAUGAAGAGAGAGCACACUUCAACAUCUGCGUGUGUCUCUGUCUCUGCUUCUCUCUGCAAACUCUCUGCUCCUGCUUAGCUCAAGCCUGAACAAAAACACAACAGUGUCAGAAACUCCCAGGCUUAGCCAGCUCUCCAGACAUGGAGCUUCAUGCAUCUUAUUUGGCAGUUGACACACACACCGCUGAUUUCUUACACAUCAUACCAGACCUGAAGUACUGAAAUCAUUUACUCAUGAAGACUUGUGCAAAGACAUCACACAGUAUGUUGUUGCAGUAUCUCAGUCAGGAAGAAUAUAUUGCGCCAAAUUGCUAUGUGUGUGUGUGUAAAGAAAUCCUUGCAGAGUUGUUUGCAAAAGAUCUCUGCAAAAGGGAGCUUUUUGCAGAGGCAAGCCACGCCUCAAACAAUGUAUCAGUUUGCUGGCAGAUGGCUGGAUUCGUCAGUUGGGAGCUUGUAGGGAGAGCACAGAAAUAGACAGGCUCUCUAGCUACGGUCAAGUAGCAGUUUAAAUAUGCUAUGCUGGAUAUAUAUUGAAUGCUGAUUGAUUAGUUAUUGAUCCUAUGCAACUACAAGGACAUUGUACGAUUGCUGAACUGUUUAUUUGACUUCAACUCAACAAGUAAAGUUUCCUUUUGUUCUUUCAA